UCUUCCUGGACAGAUAAAUAGGAACGGAAGGAAUACAUAUUAGGGUGUUUUUCUCUACUAGUCUCGAUCAUUGUUAGCACAAGCACAAGGGAAAUGAGACAGACAAAAUUUAUUAUUAGUCCUACCAUUAAUUGGAAGUCGUUUUCCCAAACAAGUUGCAAUAUAAAAGAUGGUAAAGAGUACAAACUGAAAUUGUUGAUCUUCUUGCCUUGAACUAGUCUAUAACUGCAUUUCUCAACCGUACAAACUCUUGAGAACUCAGAUGGCUGAGGCUGUGCUUGAAGUUGCACUUGAGAAUUUGAGCUCACUCAUUCAUAAGGAGCUUGGCCUGUUUCUGGGUUUCGAUCGAGACUUGAGAAGGCUGUCCAGCACACUCACUGCAAUCAAGGCAACACUUGAAGAUGCUGAGGAGAAACAAUUCACUGAAGCAGCUAUUAAAGUUUGGCUGCAAAAGCUGAAAGAUGCUGCUCGCGUUCUUGAUGACAUCUUGGACGAGUGUGCCACUGAAGCAUUGGAAAUGGAGAAUAGAGGAUUCAUGUGUGGUUUACCAGACAAGGUACAAAGCUCUUGCUUAUCCUCUUUUCAUCCCAAGCAUAUUGCUUUCCGUUAUAGAAUAGCUAAGAAAAUGAAGAGGAUAAGGGACAGGUUAGAUGAAAUUGCUGAAGAAAGGAGUAAGUUUCAUUUAACUGAGAUGGUUCCCAAGAGAAGAGCUGACUGGCGCCAAACCACCUCAAUCAUUACUCAACCUCAAGUCUAUGGAAGAAAUGAAGAUAAGAAUAAAAUUGUAGACCUUUUGGUUGGUGAUGCUUCUGGUUUUGAGGAUUUGGCAGUCUAUCCAAUACUAGGUCUUGGUGGACUUGGAAAAACAACACUUGCCCAACUCAUCUUCAACCAUGAGCGGGUAGUCCAUCACUUUGAACAAAGAAUUUGGGUUUGCGUUUCAGAAGAUUUCAGUUUGAAAAGAAUGACAAAAGCUAUCAUAGAAUCAGCAUCUGGGCAUGCUUGUGAGGAUUUAGAUCUAGAGCCUUUGCAGAGAAAACUUAUGGAUUUACUGCAAAGAAAAAGAUAUUUGCUUGUUUUCGACGACGUGUGGGAUGAUGAACAAGAGAAUUGGCAGAGACUAAAAUCUGUAUUGACGGGUGGAGGAAAGGGUGCUUCAAUUCUGAUCACUACUCGUCUCUCAAAAGUUGCAGCAAUCAUGGGAACGAUGGCUCCUCAUAAAUUAUCAAUGCUUUCUCAUGAUGAUUGUUGGGAAUUGUUUAAACAACGAGCAUUUGGACCAAAUGAGGUAGAACGGACAGAGCUUGUUUGCAUAGGGAAAGAGAUAGCAAAGAAGUGUGGGGGAGUUCCCCUUGCAGCAAUAGCCCUUGGAAGUCUCCUGCGCUUUAAAAGAGAGGAAAAAGAAUGGAUCUAUGUUAAGGAAAGCAAACUGUGGAGUUUACAAGGUGAGAACUCUGUCAUGCCUGCCUUGAGACUUGGUUACUUGAACUUGCCCGUAAAAUUGAGACAAUGUUUUGCUUUCUGUGCAUUGUUUCCCAAAGAUGAAUUAAUAAGCAAACAAUUUCUAAUUGAACUGUGGAUGGCUAAUGGAUUAAUUUCUUCUAAUGAAAUUAUGGAUGCUGAAGAUAUUGGAGAUGAGUUGUGGAAUGAAUUGUAUUGGAGAUCAUUUUUCCAAGAUAUUGAGACAGAUAGAUUUGGCAAAGUUGCACAUUUCAAGAUGCAUGAUCUUGUUCAUGAUCUUGCUCAAUCUGUUACUGAGGAAGUCUAUUGCAGUGUAGUUAAUAAUGUUAUAACUAACGUGCGUGGAAGAAUCCACCACCUCUCAAUUUAUGGGAAUUCAAUUCAGUUGCACCAAUUCAAAUCUUUGAAAACCUGCAUAAUGGGGAAAUGUUAUGAUGCUGGCCAUCUUCUACAUCAAGUACUGAAAUGUUAUCAAUUGCGGGUGCUUGAGUGCAGAGGACUCGAAAGUUUGUCAAGUUCAAUUGGUCAUUUAAAAUAUCUUAGAUACUUGAAUCUUUCUGGUGGUUGCUUCAGAACUCUUCCGGAAUCCCUUUGUAGACUCUGGAAUUUGCAGAUAUUGAAACUAGACUAUUGCAAUAGACUACAAAAGUUGCCUAAUAAUUUGGUGCACUUAAAAGCUCUGCAACAUCUAUCUUUGAGGUUUUGCUUCUCGCUAUUGAGCUUGCCUCCUCAUAUGGGGAAGUUGACUUGUCUUAGGACUUUAAGAAUGUAUCUUGUUGGAGACGAAAAGGGGUUCCAUUUGUCAGAAUUGGGGCCACUAAACCUUAAAGGAGAGCUUCACAUCAAGCACUUGGAGAGAGUAAAAAACGCAAUGGCUGCCAGAGAAGGCAAUAUGUCAAGUAAGCACCUGAACCAUUUGCGGUUGUCAUGGGGGAGAAAUGAAGAGUCCCAAUCACAGGAAAAUGUUGAGCAAAUUCUUGAAGUUCUUCAACCUCAUACCCAACAACUUCAAACUUUGGUCGUGGAAGGAUAUAUAGGUUCAUUUUUCCCACAAUGGAUGUCCAGUCCUUCUCUCCAAUAUUUAAACUCAUUUGUGCUUGUCGACUGCAAAAGCUGUUUAAAGCUUCCACAACUAGGGAAACUACCAUGUCUAAAGACUCUAAAGAUAUCUAACACGAGAUGUGUGAUAAACUUAUAUGAGGAGUCAUGUGAUGUUGGAGUUUUCAUAGCUUUGGAAUCUCUGAUACUGGAGAAGAUGCCGAACCUGAUAAGGUUAUCAAGGGAGGAUGGAGAAAUCAUGUUCCCAUGCCUCUCAGGUCUUGAAAUUACUGAAUGUCCUCAAUUAUUGGGGCUGCCAUGCCUUCCUUAUCUCAAGAAUCUGCAGAUACAGGGAAAAUGCAACGAAUAUUUACUAAGUUCAAUUCACAAAUUCAGUAAUCUUGAACAACUAUGGUUGAGAGAGAAUGAAGAGCUAACUUGCUUCCCAAUUGGGAUGCUAAGUAACCUUACUUCUCUGAAAAGGCUGGGCAUUUUUCAGUACUCCAAACUUGAGGAGCUGCUCCCAAAUGAAAUCGCUAGCCUUGAUGCUCUUGAUGAACUCGAGAUAAACAACUGUGAGAGCAUAAAGUCAUUAACAACUGAAGUAUUGCGACGGCUGCAGUCUCUCAAGAAAUUAGUUAUUGCGGGGUGCCCUGAGUUCAAUCUGUCAGAAGGUUUUCAAUACCUGACUUGCCUUGAAUUUUUGGUGAUUGAGAGCUGCUCAGGUAAUGAUGGUUUACAUGAGGCUUUACAACACAUGACUACACUGCAAUCCUUAACACUGUCUAAUCUUCCAAACUUAGAAUCUCUGCCUGCCUACUUGGGAAACCUUGGCUCGCUUCAGUCAUUGACCAUUUCUGAGUGCCCCAAGUUAAUGUGUCUUCCAAUGAGCAUUCAAUCCCUAAGCUGUCUGGAACAGGUGCACAUUUACGGUUGCGAAGAAUUAGGAAAGCGAUGCCAGAAUGAAACAGGGGAGGAUUGGCCAAAGAUAGCUCAUGUAGAAGACACUCGAAUAAAAGACAGGGGAGCGCGCUUCUGCCUAGGGGGUGGUGUACAAUACUCUGCAGGUUUAUUCUUCUAGAUCUCUGUCUUUGUCUAUCUCUCUCUCAGAUACUCACAGGCAAUCAUUUUCAAAUACAAGGUUUAUAAUUUAAAAAUGGAAAAUGUACAUAGAGAAGUUAAGGAUGACUUAUGCCAUACUCCAGCUAAACAUAUGUAGUAUGUAUGCACCACCAAAAUGAUGCAGAUAUUACCAUCCCCCAUAAUGUUUCCCCAUCUCAAGCGCUUACCAACCCAAACGGGAUUCAUCUGUAUUAUUUGUUUAUACAACUGUAAUCAGUUCACUCUUGAAUUUAGUUA